AUGACAUCUACGCAGGAUCUCACUCAAAACCGACUCUUCGAUGUCAAGGGAUUCAUUGCGGUGGUGACAGGUGGUGGAUCCGGCAUUGGUUUGAUGGCAACCCAAGGGCUUGUAGCUGGCGGUGCACGCGUCUAUAUCGUUAGUCGCCGCAAAGAAGUCUUGGAUGAUGUGGCAAAGAAGUACUCGCAAAAAGGGCCAGGGGAGGUUUUUGGCAUCAAGGCGGACAUUAAUGAUCCCAACGAUAUUGAAAACCUCGCAAAGGAAUUAGAGGCCAGAGAACCGAAGGGAAUCAAUAUUCUUAUUAACAAUGCAGGAGUAACCCAAGAGGCAGAGAAAAAGGGUCAUGCAUCAUCGGUUGACUACCAUUCCGCGGACUCGGUGCGCUCCUGGCUUGAAGGCAAUGGAAGAGAUGUUUGGCAGCAAACGUUAGCUUCAAACUUGAUAUCACAUCAUUUUGUCACUGCAAGGCUUAUUCCGGCUCUAGAUAAGGGAAGUAGUAUCGUCCCAGGGCAUUCUUCUUCUAUUAUAAAUAUCUCCAGUAUCUCGGGGACGGUUAAAUCGACAUCAGCAGGCCAGUAUGCCUACGCCGCAAGCAAAGCAGCAUUCACGCAUCUGAGUCGCCAGCUGGCACACACACUAUAUCCACUCCGUAUUCGGGUCAAUUGCAUUGAGCCGGGUUUAUUCCCUAGCGAAAUGACUACCGGGGGCUCUGACGAGAAUCAAAAAUCAAAGAUAGAAGGCGCGGGCAGCAAAUUCCCAGCAGGUCGAACUGGCCAGGAAGCUGAUAUCGCAAGCGCUGUGUUAUACCUUGGCAGCCGUGCUGGCACAUUUGUUAAUGGAGAAACAAUUCACGUAGACGGAGGUAUGUAA